AUGGUUGAUCACGGAGAAAGACCUACUUCUAGCCAGAAUGUUGAUAUGCCACCUGAGAAUUCACCACCAUUGCCAUCGCCAAUUUCUGUCAAUGAUUGUAUGCAUACUCCUCAAGACGAGAUGAGCCCUCCAGUGAAUCCACGGACUUUGGAUUGUGAUGAAAAUGAAAUGGCAGCCGGAAAUGAUGAACUCUAUGGAAACCUUAAAGCCGAAAUAUGGAAACAGUAUGAGAGGCCAGUGAUGGUGAAUGGAACAUUAAAGGCUAAGUGCAAACAUUGCAAGCAAUAUAUGCUAGGUAAUCCAAGCCAAGGAACUAGUCACUUGAGAAAACAUUUUGAAAGAUGUAAAUCAAGAAAGUCACAGGACAUUAGACAAAUGGUCCUAAAAGGCAAUUUUUCGAAGGAAAAAUUUGAGUUGUCGCCCUAUAGUUUUGAUCAAGAACUAUCACGUAAAGAAUUAGCGAAAAUGAUCAUCAAGCAUGAGUAUCCUUUGAAGAUGGUUGAGCAUGAAGGAUUCAAAAACUUUGCAAAAAGUUUGAAUCCUUGCUUUAAAAUGGUAACAAGGAACACAGUAAAGAGUGAUUGUUUUAAGAUUUAUGAAAAGUUGAAGGAAUCUGUGAUGCACAUUUUUGAGGUGAAUGAGAAAGAGAGGAUUCAUGGCGGUCACUGCACAUUAUGUUGA